AUGGAGUGGUAUCGGAAUGGCCACGUUAGCUAUUGCUGUUCUCACUCUCACUCGUUCUCGUUCUUCUUCUUUUUCUUCAUCUUGUUAUUCCAAAUUGUUCUUCACUCACAGUGUCAACCAUUUCAGCACAAAGCUUCUUCUUCUAUCCUCUCUGUCUUCCAAAACCCUGAAUCAACAACGUUGUUGCAACUGCAAAAAGGGAAUGGCUUCUUCAAGAGCCACCUCUGACUCUGAUAGAAUCACUGCUCCUUAUGGCUCUUGGAAGUCACCAAUCACCGCCGAUGUUGUCUCAGGCGCCUCCAAGAAGCUCGGCGGCACCGCCGUCGAUGGUCGUGGCCGCCUCAUCUGGUUGGAAUCACGUCCAACCGAAUCAGGACGGGCUGUUCUUGUUCUUGAGUCAGAAAAACCUGGAGGUGACCCUGUGGAUAUUACUCCUAAAGAGUUUGGAGUGAGAACAUUGGCUCAGGAGUAUGGAGGUGGUUCUUUCACUGUUUCUGGGGAUGUUGUCUUUUUUGCAAAUUACAAGGAUCAGAGAUUGUACAAGCAGUUCAUCAGUUCUCUGGAUGUGCCUCCUGUGCCUCUCACUCCGGAUUAUGGUGGACCGGUAGUCAGCUAUGCAGAUGGAAUAUUGGAUGCCCGCUUUAACCGUUAUGUUAGUGUAAUGGAAGAUCGUCGGGAGAACAGUCUAAAUCCACCUACAACAAUUGUAUCUAUAGCACUUGGCAGCAAGGAUGUUCAGGAACCAGUAGUACUGGUUGGCGGGAGUGACUUCUAUGCUUUCCCACGUCUAGAUCCUAAAAGUGAAAGAAUAGCAUGGAUUCAGUGGAGUCACCCCAACAUGCCGUGGGAUAAAUCAGAACUUUGGGUUGGUUAUAUUUCUGAAAAUGGAGAGAUCUAUAAGCGCGUCUGUGUUGCUGGGUGUGAUCCUUCACUUGUGGAGUCUCCAACUGAGCCCAAGUGGUCACCCGAUGGGGAGCUUUUUUUCAUCACGGAUAGGGGAAAUGGUUUUUGGAAUCUCCAUAAAUGGAUUGAGUCAGAGAAUAAGGUCUUAUUUAUUUAUUCUUUGGAUGCUGAGUUUGCAAGGCCACUAUGGAUUUUCGGUAUGAAUUCUUAUGAAUUUGUUCGAAGUCAUAAACAGAGAAACUUAAUUGCCUGUAGUUACAGGCAGCAGGGGAAGUCCUAUCUUGGAAUUAUUGAUGAUGUGCAGGGCUCAAAACUAACUAAGCUUGAUAUCCCUUUCACAGAUAUAGAUAACAUUACUUCUGGUAAUAAUUGCCUAUAUGUGGAGGGAGCAUCUGCAGUUCAUCCAUCAUCAGUAGCCAAGGUGACUUUAGAUGAUGAUAAAUCAAAAGCAGUUGAGUUCAAUAUUAUCUGGUCCUCUUCACCAGAUAGUUUAAAAUAUAUUUCGUACAUCAGUAAGCCAGAGCUGAUUGAAUUCCAAACUGAAGUUCCUGGUCAAAAUGCUUACGCAUACUUUUAUCCGCCCUCUAAUCCUAUUUACCAAGCCAAUCAAGGAGAAAAGCCUCCAUUGUUAUUGAAGAGCCAUGGAGGACCAACUUCUGAGACACAUGGAAUUUUUAAUUUGAGCAUUCAGUACUGGACUAGUCGGGGUUGGGCACUAGUUGAUGUUAAUUACGGUGGAAGCACUGGUUAUGGCAGGGAGUACCGAGAGCGGCUUUUGGGACGCUGGGGAAUAGUUGAUGUCAAUGACUGUUGUAGUUGUGCUACAUAUUUGGUGGACAGUGGAAAGGUAGAUGGGGAGCGUCUGUGUAUAACAGGAGGCUCUGCUGGUGGGUAUACCACCUUAGCUGCUCUUGCUUUUAGAGAAACUUUUAAGGCAGGGGCUUCUUUGUAUGGUGUAGGGGACUUGAACAGGUUGAGAGCAGAAACUCAUAAAUUUGAAUCCCAUUACAUUGAUAACCUUGGUGGAGGUGAGAAGGGGUGCACUGAAAGAUCCCCAAUCAAUCACGUUGACAAAUUUUCUUGCCCCAUUAUUUUAUUUCAAGGAUUGGAGGACAAGAUUGUGCCACCGGAUCAAGCUCGGGAAAUUUACCAGGCUCUGAAGGAAAAAGGUGUGCCAGUUGCUCUUGUUGAGUAUGAAGGAGAACAACAUGGUUUCAGAAAGGCUGAGAACAUUAAGUUUACACUUGAACAGCAAAUGGUCUUCUUUGCACGAUUGAUUGGGCACUUCAACGUUGCUGAUGAUAUUACUCCCAUCAAAAUUGACAACUUCGAUUGAGAAUGACUUUUUAAGAGGAAUUCAGGAACUCUGCUGGAAACUAUUGCACUGAUGAGCUGCUUCUGCCUAUUUUAUUCCUCAUUGCCAGGAGUGUGCAGAGUUUCCACUGUAUUUUCUGAAAUCUUGGUUGUGGUUCAAUGUAGUCUUGUAUUUCUUCUACUCUUUAAUCUUGUUUUCUAGAAUAUCUGUCGUGCAUGUCAACUCUUCUGUUAAAUAAUACUAAUAAUCAGUUCCUAGACAUCAUAGUGGAUGCAAAGAAGGUUAUUAUCAGAAGUUGCAUUUUCAUA